UCUGUCGUGGCCGGCCGGAGGGACUAAGCGGAGAUCAAUGAAGGAAAGAAGAGCGAGCCAGAAGUUAUCGAGCAAGGCGGUGAUGGAUCCCAACCAGAACGUGAAGUGCAAGAUCGUGGUGGUGGGGGACAGCCAGUGCGGGAAGACCGCGCUGCUCCACGUCUUCGCCAAGGACUGCUUCCCCGAGAGCUACGUCCCCACCGUGUUCGAGAACUACACGGCGAGCUUCGAGAUCGACACGCAGCGCAUCGAGCUCAGCCUCUGGGACACCUCGGGGUCCCCCUAUUAUGACAACGUCCGUCCCCUCUCCUACCCGGAUUCCGACGCCGUCCUGAUCUGCUUUGACAUCAGCAGGCCAGAAACUCUUGACAGUGUCCUAAAAAAGUGGAAAGGGGAGAUCCAGGAGUUUUGCCCCAACACCAAGAUGCUCCUGGUGGGCUGCAAGUCGGAUCUGCGCACGGACGUCACCACGCUGGUGGAGCUCUCCAACCACCGGCAGACCCCCGUGUCCUACGACCAGGGUGCAAACAUGGCCAAGCAGAUUGGAGCCGCCACCUACAUCGAAUGCUCAGCCUUGCAGUCGGAAAACAGCGUCAGGGACAUUUUCCACGUGGCCACCUUGGCGUGCGUGAACAAAACCAACAAAAACGUCAAGAGGAACAAAUCGCAGAGGGCCACAAAGCGAAUCUCACACAUGCCCGGCAGGCCAGAACUGUCCACAGUGGCCACGGACUUGAGGAAGGACAAAGCAAAGAGUUGCACUGUGAUGUGAAGGACCUCUUGGAUUUUUUUUUUUUUCCCCUGGAAGGAGGAGGAGGAGGAGCGUCCAGGAGGGGUUGGAGGCUCGAUGAAGUAACAAAAGCCACGUGGUGUUUAAAUGAGGGGCUUCUGUUCUGCCAGGGCUUUAAUGGAGACUCGGCCUGGUGGGUGAGACUGUGCUUAGAGGAAAAGGCUCUUGAGGUGGCACCAGGAAAUGACACGUUGAAGAAAAUGCCAAAAAAAAAAAAAAAUAAAGGGAAGCAAAACGUUUGAAUGUGCUGAGAGAAGAGUGAGUGGGAAAAUGACCCUGCAAAGGAGAGAGGUGUCGUGGACAGCGCUCGUUCCUUUUAUUAACGCUCUGCUCCUGGAUGCUACCACUUUGAUUUCAUUAAAAUAAUACUUUAAUGGGGGUUUUUUAAAUUUUUUUUUAAUGAAGACGUUAUUAACGUGCCCUCCUCAUUAAGGAACUUUACCCCUGUGACCUUCUAGUUGGUUUUCCAAAGGAUAUGAUCUGAUUUUUUUAGUAGCUCGUUGUGAAAAUGGGGAGAGGAUUCCGAGGCUUGCGUGUCACCUGGAGGAAAACACUGCUUGGGAAAGAGUCUGGAGUUCUGUGUGAUCCACUCUGGGGAUGAAGACACCCUGUUUUGAGGAUUCCCAGCCUUACAGGUGGAAAUGGAUGGAAUUUUGGGGUGUGUGGGGGGGAAGGGCACAGCUCCUGCCCCCUUGCCAGGACUCUGGACUCGCUGUUCCUCUCUGUGGUUGUGGCGUGGAGUGGCCUCCAGUCGUGGUGUUGUGUGUGGCUGUAGGUCCCAGUGCAAGGUGCUAAGAGCUGUGAUUGACAGAUGAUCCUCGGUUUUUUCCGACCAUGAGAAUUCCCUAAAGCCUUACUGCCCACCUGGGGGGAAGCCCCCAGCCUCCUGUGCUCCAGGAGAGGGGGGAAUCCCGGGAUAAACCCUGCAGAGAGGGGCUGUUCUGUGACCUGGUUGCAAAAGGAAACUCCCCCUCCACUCCCCAAAACAAUCUGCAAAUGAGCCAGCAGAGCCAGGGCAUCUUUUGUGAUGCUCUUCAUUUUUGGGGGCUGGGGGCAGGGCAGCCACCUCCUGCUGCAGAUGGGGGAGGAAAUGAUCUGAACAACUGUGAGGCCUUAAGGGGUCCCCGGUGGCAACUGGAAACUGCCCUUAAUCUUUCAGAUGAACCCACAAAUAUCCAGACAGCAGUCAGGGAACACGGGGGAACCGGUUCAGGCAAAUUCCUUUUUUUUUUUUUUUGUUUUGUUUUGUUUUGCUUGCUGUUGUUCCACCCAAUAAAUCAGCCUUUAAAGUCGAGUGUUUGCAACUCCCUGACCCACUAAACUUCUCUCUCAAAAGAAAGGAGACUCUUGAGCUCUGCCCAGCGUGGUUGCUGCUUGUGGAGGACAAGCAUUUCGUUCCCCAAGGGUGAUGCUUCGUUUUUGAAGUGUUAAAAGCUGCGUUCACUUGUGCGAAGGUGAAGGCUUGCCAUGAUUAACUCUUAAAUUAAAACUCAGUUCUCUGUGUGUGCGUGUGUGUGUUCCUGGCACUUUGUUUCAGCCGAGAAAAGAAGAAAAAACAAACAAAAAAACACCAAACAACCACUCCCAUUCUGGUUAUUUCCCACAAAAAGACAUUUUUUUUGCCACCAUAAUAAGCUUUUAACUGAUGCAACAGUGCUCUUAGGGCAGUAUUACAAAAUAGCUGGUAAGUGCUUCUUUCUGUAUUUAAAUAUUGUGGAAAAAAUAAGUUAUAACUGUCAUAAAGCAGGACAUUCAUUACUUUUUUUUUGUUUUUUAAGUUGUUGAAGUCACUUUGUAUGUUUGGUUAAUGUUUCUGCAGUAUUUAUUAAA